UACUACUUGCGCAAUACUUCAUGCGUUCGCGUCACGUUUGAUUACAAUGGCGAAUCACAAGUGAUUUAUUCGAUUUCUAUCUACAUUUCUUUUUCGAUAUAAUAAAAGAGACAAUGAUUCUAAGUGUUUCAGUACCCACAUGUUGCUGAGUUGUCAUUGUUAAUAUUAGUUUUGUUUUAAAAGUAAUAAAUAAGAUGACAAUUGAUCCGGCCAAAUCGAUCCCAGCAUUCUACGCUGGACAAAGUGUAUUUGUGACAGGUGCAACAGGAUUUCUGGGUAAAGUGUUUAUUGAAAAGAUAUUGCGAUCGUGCCCAGAUGUUCGUGAAAUAUUUCUGUUAAUGCGUUCAAAAAAAGGACUAAAUGUUAACGAAAGGCUCCAACAAAUGUUGAAUUUACCGUUAUAUGAAAAACUGCGCGAAGAACGACCUUCAAAUUUCGAGAAAUUAAUUCCGAUUUCUGGCAAUGUUAGUGAGAAAGGAUUAGGUUUGUCGGAUGCGGACAGACAAAUGUUGAUUGAAAGAGUGACUAUAAUAAUACAUGGAGCGGCAAGUGUGAGAUUUAAUGACAGUUUAAAAUACUCCAUAUUUGUCAAUACUAGAGCAACGAGAGAUAUCUGUAUUUUAGCUCAAAGUAUGAAGAAUGUAAAAGCAUUAGUAUAUGUCAGUACAGCAUUCGCACAUGUGGAUAAGCAAUUUAUUGAAGAAAAAGCAUAUCCACCUAUAGCUGAUUGGCAGAAGAUGAUUGAAAUAGCUGAAUCGUUGGAUGAACAUAUUUUAAACAUCUUUACAGCUAAAUGUUUGGAUUACUUUCCCAACACGUAUAUUUUUUCGAAAAACCUAGCAGAGAGUGUAAUACAGGAAUACUCUUCUUCCUUACCUUGCGCGAUUGUAAGACCUUCUGUGGUGAUGCCAACGCUAGAAGACCCAGUCCCGGGAUGGAUAGAUAACGUUUAUGGUCCAAUAGGACUUUACGUUGGUGGCGGAAAGGGAGUAAUACGAGUAGCCUGUUGUAAUAAGCAUGUUACUGAAAAUUCAGUGCCAGUAGACUUUGUCAUUAAAGCUAUAAUUGCUGUAUCUUGGAAGCUAGGAUUAACCAGAUUUACAGAGAGUUCCACACCUUUUGUUUUAAACUGUACGACUCAGAAACACAUGACUCAUCAAAAUGUUAUAAGAACGCUAUUCAGUGUCACACAUGAGACACCUUUUGAAGGAAUUAUCUGGACUCCUAAUACAAUAUUGACCGAUAAUUUCAUUCUGUUUUACAUAUUAACGAUAUUAUGGCAUAUUUUGCCAGCUAUGUUAAUAGAUUUCGUUUCAAAAUUCUUUGGACGUCGACCUUUACUAAUGCGACUGAUGAGAAAUCUGUACGUGGCCAAUCGUGCUGUAAGUUACUUUUCGUUCCACGAAUGGAAAUACAGCAAUACGAAUAUGUCACCUCUGAUGUGCUCAAUAUCACCUGAUGACCGGGAUAUGUUUUUAAUGAAUUAUUCCGAUUACGAUAUUAGACAUUACUUGAAGAUUUGUAACGUGGGUGGCAAAAAGUUUCUUCGUCACGAAGACAUGAAUCGAUUGGAUGCAGCCAAAGCACACAGGAACAGAGUAUAUCUGUUCGUUACAUUAGUGGAAAUUUUCAUCUCUAUUGGUGUGCUGUGGAUAUUAUAUAAUUGGAUGUAUUCUACUAAUACAGUAUAAUAAUGUUGACUUAUCCAUACUGCGUGUAGAAUAAACUAUAAUUUAUGAUAAUUAAUCACAUAUAUCGCAUACAAAGGAAUUAUUUAUCGGACAAUAUUUCUCUUGGUAGACUUAUUGUAUACUUAAAUUAACAGGGAUAUUUUACUAUUUAAUGUUAAAUAUUAUGCAUAUUUAUGUAUAUAGGUACAGACGGUAUCAAAUAAAGUGCAAUAUGCAUUGAAGUGGAA